UUAGUAUUAUCAUUUAUAAUCUGAGUGGAAUUGAGGAAAUGGUCCAUCAUUUCGGAUACAAGAGUGAUUUUAUUCGAUAUGCUCUGUUCUCUAGUCUUGAGUCCAAUGAUAAGAUUAUCAUAACGCAACGCGUCGUUAUGAUCAAGAUUACCUGUUACUGCCUUAAGAAGGGAUCCGAGAGGGGUCUAUAAGCGUUUGUAUCUUUUGGAGGGAAUUAGCUGCCGAAUUUUAUCAAUGUCACGGAGGUAUUCAACUUGAGCACUAAGUUCAUAAAUGUUAUUAUUAUAUUUCUUGAUCCUAUUAAUAAUUUUGCCGAACUCUAUAUAUUUUUCGGUAUUAUAAUUCAGGUAAGUAACAAUUCUUUCAAGAUUUUUAGUUUUAAUUAUUAACCAUUCGUCAUGUUGCAAGAUUGCACAGCCUAGCUUAACAGGUAAUAUACCCGGGUUUUGUUUAGGAUUUACUACUUGAAGGCUCUGGCCGGGGAAAACUUGGCAAGGGACAAUUUUGAUCGUCGCCGUCCAGAGCAGGAGUUUGUACCAUCUGUAGAGGACGUUUAAUAUUUUUUAUUGGUUUAGUUUGCCUUUUGUUUAUUUUAAAAUUUUCGGCGUGUUUCGCGGUGGCGAUUUUCGGCGUUCGUUUUUUGGGAGCCGGAGGCCCAUAUCCUUUUCCUCACCCGUCCCAGUCCAUUCCUUCUUUCCUGUAGUUAAUUCUUUUCCUUUCUCCAUAAAAGCGGGCAGCGCAUUCACAGAGCCACUACCUGCGAAUGUUCAUGGGCGGUGGUCAUCGCUUAACAUCAAGCGAACCACAAGCUCAGUUGCCCGCUAUGACAUAACAAAAAAAAAUUUUAACAGGAACAACAUUGCGUUCAGUUUGACUGGAAACUAUGGCCUUUUGGAAUUAGGCUUGACUUUGGACUGCCUUUUAUUAAGUGUCCUUUAUAAUAUUGUUUGUCCUAAUUUAAAGUUAAGUACUAUCUCCCCGACGCGCUUUUUUAAAAUGUUUCUCAUUGAAUUGGCCAUUUUAUCGGAAAGGUAUUUAUAUAAUUUGUCUGUUCUUUUUCUACCAUCUUUUAAUAGUUGCUGCAUGUAGAACUUAUCGAAAUGAAUAUCAAAUGUGGAGUUUAAUUCGGUAUGGUCGAACACCACCUCAAAUGGGGUUAUGUCCGUGGCACUAUGGAUAGUAUUGUAAGCCAUAAUAGCGUACGUCAUUACAGAUGCUGUGAGAAUGUGUUAACAGGUUGACGAUGACACUCGAGAUCUUACAAUAAAGGUACAGUUACACAUGCUCUAGAAUAGCAUGCUAAAAAACGUGCUAUAAGUAAGCUUAAUAUGAGAAUGCUUAUGAACUGUUUACAUUUGCUAGCAAUAAGCAUGCUAGUUUUAAGUAUGCUACUUAAUAAGCAUGCUCAAAGCAAACACUCCAAACACAAAUGCGAUUUUAGCAUGCUCUUAGUUCAAACUAAACCAUGGACGAUGAAACAACCAUCCGUACGGAGCUUAAUAAAGUUAUUCUUUUGCUAUCGUUGCAAUGCAUGCGAAGACUUCUCUCAGGUAGAAAGAGAAAAAACCAAUGUAAAAGGAAUAGGAAGAUUUGGGUCCGUGAUUGGCUAAGUAGAAGGGAACAACUUGGAGCAAGUACUCGAUUGCUAGUAGAAAUGCGAGAAGAAGAUAUUGAUGGUUACAAUAAUCAUUUGCGCAUGUUACCGCAUCAGUUUGACGAGUUACUAUCUAAAGUUGAAAGCGCUGUAAAGAAACAAGAUACACACAUGCGAAAUGCUAUUCCACCAAAAGUGAAACUGGGAGUGACAUUGAGGUAUCUAGCAACUGGAGAUUCGUUAUACACAUUAGAAGCACUUCACAGAGUUGCAAGGUCUACUAUAUCUCUAUUUAUACCUGAAGUGUGUGAUGCAAUAUACAAUGCUCUGAAGGAUUAUAUGCGGAUUCCCGGUUCUGAAGAUUGGAAACGCAUUGAACAUGGCUUUAGAACUAAAUGGAACUUUCCAGGUUGUGUUGGAGCGUUGGAUGGCAAACAUAUAAAUAUAUUCGCCCCUGAUGAUACUUCUGACUACUAUAACUACAAGGGCGCUCAUAGCAUCAUACUUCUGGCAUUAGUUGAUGAUGACUAUUGUUUUUCAUACGUAAAUGUUGGGACUAAUGGUAGAGCUUCUGAUGGAGUUGUUUAUCAAAAAUCUAAUUUAGCACAAGCUUUGGAAAAUAAUACUCUCAAUUUUCCGGACCAAUCAGUUAUUGUGGCAGACGCUGCUUUUCCUCUAAAGUUAUACCUUAUGAAGCCCUAUCGAACAACUCCAACGCGUAAAGAAAAAAUAUUUAACUACCGUUUAUCGAGAGCCAGACGAAUCGUUGAAAAUGCGUUUGGUAUUUUAGUGACACGAUUUCGAGUUUUUAUGGAUGCCAUAGAUAUGGCCCCCAAAAAUGUCGAUAGAAUUACAUUAGCUGCCUGCUCUUUACACAAUUGGCUUCGGAAAACAUCUGAUAUGUACAUCACGCAAAGAUGCGUCGACUUUGAAGAUACACAACAACGUGUUGUGGUACCAGGAUCAUGGAGGGCACAACUACGGACUGCUUUGGAAGGCUUACCACCUACACGCUACGCGAACCACGCUUCUCGACAGGCAGGAGCGAUAAGAGACACCUAUGCGCAGCUCUUUGAAACUACAGAGGCGGUACCGUGGCAAGGUCAUAUGAUUUAAAUUAAUACAUAGAAAAUGCUGUACUACUUAUUCUAUGAUAUUAAAUAAUUGUGUGUUAC